CAAAUUUUUCUUUCCCACUCCUUUAAUUAAUUGAACGAUUGUUACACAAUGUCUGAAUCUGAGAAUAAUGUGUCACUCGGCGAUAAAAAUAUAUUAAAUAUUGUUCUUUUUGGUGAAACAGGUGUAGGUAAAUCAACUUUUGUAAAUGCUUUCGCAAAUUAUUUAAAAUACGAUACGUUGAUUGCGGCUUCUAAUGGAGAAUUAUUGGCUCCUGUACCCAUAAAAUUUACAGUAAUGGAUGAAAAUUUUCAAGAAAAAGUUAUACAAAUCGGUAAAAGUGAAAAUGAAAAAACAGAUCCGGGCGUUUCAUCAACUCAACAUCCGAAAAGUUACUUAUUAGAAAUACCAGAAAAAAAUUUGAAGAUAAGACUAAUUGAUACACCAGGGAUUGGCGAUACUCGAGGUUUAAAAUUCGACGAAGAAAACAUGGAAAAGAUUUUAGCUCUAUUGGGGGAAUUGAAUCAUGUAAACGCUUUUUGUGUGCUGGUAAAACCGAACAAUUCUCGAAUUACGGUGCUUUUUGAACAUUGCAUGAAGCAUUUAUUUUCCAAAUUGGAUAAGAAAGUCUUUGAGAAUUUUGUUUUCAUCUUUACAAACGCUAGAUCGAGCUUUUUUACCCCCGGAGACACCUUUUUACCUCUACAAAUACUUCUCGAAGGAAUUGCAUCUGAACCACACAAAAUAAAAUUUGAUCGUGACAACAUUUUUUGCAUCGAUAACGAAUCCAUACGAUAUCUAGCUAUUAAAAAUAAAGGAAUUAAGAUUAAUGAUAAUGUUGAAAAAGAUUACCAAGAAAGUUAUCAAAUAUCUUCAAAUUCAAUUAAGAGAAUGAUCGACUACAUUAAAACUUUAUCACCAGCUUCAAUGAAAGAUACAUUAUCAAUAAAUGAUUCUCGAAGAAUAAUUUUUAAAUUAGCAAUACCAAUGAUAGACGUAAUGGAAAAAUGCGAAGAUGCGAAAGAUAUUUUAAUUGAACACGAACGAAAAAUAAAUGAAAAUGAAAAUAAUUUAGAAAAAUUAAAACCCUAUUUAUAUAUUCCAGUUGUUAAACAUAAAAUAGAAGAGAAGAGAGAUGUUGAGCAUAAAAAAGGUACAAUAAAGCCUUAUCUGGAUUUGUCAUGGACACCUCCAUUCAUUUCGGUUGGCGUGAAAACAACUACAAGGCGUAAAAUAGUUGUGACUACUAUUCAGACCCCUUACGUUUUGUACGUGGAAGCUAGUAAUAUUAAAUCAACGAUUGAUGAAAAAGAACGAGCAAAAGCAACGAUGGUUGAAAUCAAACAGCAACUAAAAAAGAGUCUUGAAGAUCUCGAAAAGGAGGAAAAUCUUAUUUUGACUGCCCUCGUUAAAUUUACGGUAUUCUUAAAAGAAAAUGCUUUUCUAAUGGGGGCUGAUAUAUUUAAAAAUGAUUUAACCACAUUGAUUAAAAAGGAGAGAGAAAUUAAAAUAAAUCCGCGACGAUUGGAAAGCUAUGAAAACCUUUUAUCAACCUAUCUAGAUGAAAUCGCUAAUGUUUCAAAUGUUACUCCUCAAGAUGUUGACGAUGUUAAAACGGAAUUAUUAAAACAGAAACAUUUUGGAGACAUUUUGAAAUAUUACUAUGAAUUAGACGUUUUAGCAAAUGAUACAACCAUAAAUUAAAAUUAAUUUUGAAAUAAGUAAUUUUUUUUUAAAUGUUUUUUUGCAAAACAAAUAAAAUAUCUAA